AAUCUAAUGUCGACUUACCGGAAUCAAGGGCGGUGGGAUGUAGUGGAACAGCUGGACGUGCAAGUGAUGGAGACGAGGAAGAAGAAGCUAGGAGCGGACCAUCCUGACACGCUGACCAGCAUGGCCAAUCUAGCGCCGACUUACCGGAAUCAAGGGCGG